GAAGACUUGAACCCUAAACCCGCGUCGUCUCUCUCCUUCUCUUUCUGCUUCUCUCUUCUCUCUUCUCUCUUCCAUCGCCGACGAUGGCUAAAGAAAAACUGAAGCCUCUUCUCACCUCUGAUGGAGGUGAAAUCGCAGAGACUCCUCCCCGAGAGAAGAAGCAUAAGAAGAAGAACAACAAGAAGCGAUCUGAACCUGAUCCAGACUUACCUUCAACGCGUGAUUCCGGUGUUGUUGAUGAAGAUAGAGACGGAGUGUUAGUAGACGACGAGCCAACGAUGGGUGAUAAGUUCGAGAGUCUUAACUUACUAGGCGGAGAGAAAGUUAUCAGUGAUGAUAAUAAGCCUCCUACUGCAGCUUCCGUUAAUGUUCUUCUGAGACAAGCAUUGCAUGCUGAUGAUCGGUCGCUUCUACUUGAUUGCUUGUACAACCGAGAUGAACAGGUGAUUGCUAAUUCGGUUGCUAAGUUGAAUUCAGCAGAAGUACUCAACCUUUUGAAUUCUCUUUUACCAAUAUUACAAUCAAGGGGUGCAGUGUUAGCUUGUGCGAUUCCUUGGAUAAAGUGUCUGUUACUUACUCAUUCCAGUGGGAUUAUGUCCCAGGAGUCAUCGUUGCUUGCGUUAAACUCCAUGUACCAGCUCAUUGAAUCACGGAUAUCAACUCUUCACACUGCUGUACAAGUUUCAAGCGAAUUGGACUUGAUUGUGGACGACUUGGAUGAAGAAGAAGAAGAUGAAGGUCCUGUGAUCUAUGAGGACAAGGACAGUGAUGAAGAAGAAGAAGGAGAAGGAGCAGAGGAAGCAAUGGAGACAGAUGAAGAGGCAGACGAAUCAGAGGAUGAAGAAGCUGCUGAUGGUGUCAAUAGUUUUGAAGAUUUUGACGACAUGAGCGAUUGAGAAGACUUCCUUUAAACGGAAAGAGUUUUGAUUUGUGUGAGGUACAAGUCUCGGCACGAAUUUUGUAAUACGCAAUGGUUGAAUCAGUUCUUCGACUUUGUCCUGUGAGAGAGUUUAUUUUUCUUAAAAAAGGUUUGACGGCAAUAUGAAAAGUUAAGCAUGGUAUAGAAUUUACAUUUUCCAAUAAGCUUUAAUUAAAUAAAUCCAUUUCCAAUCA